AUGCCUAACCCAUGGGUCCUCCGCCUUGCCAUCCUCUUCGCCCUCUACGCCACCUUCCUAUCAGUCUACAUCCUCGUAUCUCCUCUUCCUGCGAUUCACCUAUUUGGUCUAGAACCAUACUAUUCGACGCCAACGUCGCCAUCCUCUCUUGUUCCCUUCAUCACUAUCUUCGGCGGUCGCAACUUUGCUCUCGGGCUGGCGAUGCUGGCGCUCUACUGGCAGGGCAUGUAUAGGGCAAUGGGCACGAUUAUGAUAUGCUGCACGGUAUCUGGCGCUGUGGACACGGUUGUGAUGAGCUUGUGGGGCAUGGCAGGGAAGGCUAUGGGGCACGGCGUUGGGUGCGUACUCCUCGGGUUGACAGGCUGGGGUCUGCUGGAAUCGGAGACCGCAGGGGGUAGAGAAAAGAGGUCUGCAGACGCUGUGGAAUAG